GCACGAGUCUCUCUUUGGUGGAAGAUCGCGAGGAAGCGCCAUCGUCCAGCUUUCAUUCAGCGUCAUGGAGGAGUCGAGUAGCUGACGUUUCCUUUAACCUUCUCUUUUCAAGCUUUCCUUCGUACGGUCAUCGAUCCGUUAUUGGUGUCAUUAACAGCUUUUCCCACAUCGACGCGCGCCUGAGUCUGUUUGAAGAUGAAGUUCAUCAUCGGGAUCGGAGGGGUCACGAACGGUGGCAAAACAACCCUGACGGACAGACUGAUCAAGAACCUGCCCAACUGCUGUGUGGUUCAUCAGGACGACUUCUUCAAGCCCCAAGAUGAGAUUGAAGUUGAUGAAGAUGGCUUUAAGCAGUACGAUGUCAUCAGCGCUCUGGACAUGGACGCCAUGAUGAGCACCAUCCACGCCUGGCAGCAGAACCCCGUCAAGUUCGAGCGAUCCCACGGCGUCAACAACACGCUGGACUCGGAGAUCUUUCCACGCGAUCGGGAUGAAGACGAGGGCGUUCACAUCCUGAUCGUGGAGGGGUUUCUGCUCUACACCUACGGACCUUUGAUCGAUGUGUUGAACCAACGAUACUUUAUUUCCAUUCCAUACGAAGAGUGCAAAAAGAGGAGGAGUUCAAGGAACUAUUCCGUGCCGGACCCCCCCGGUCUGUUCGACGGACACGUCUGGCCCAUGUAUGUCAAACAUACUAAAAUCAUGGAAGACUCAGGGGUUGAUGUCGUGCAACUAGAUGGAACCAUGUCCAAGGAACAACUGUACAACAUCGUGUACGGAAACAUUCUGAACAGCAUCCAGAACAAUCUGCCCUGAACAAAGAUCCAUGGGUCGGCUUCAGGAGGAGCAGCUUCUCAUAUCACCUCCUGCGUUUAACUCCAGCCUCGACAGCAUCCGCAUCGCUGUUGUUUUUAUAUACGUUUUUAUAUCCUCUGUAUUUAUUGCUUCUGCAGCUGUUAUAAGGCUGCGUCUGGAUGGAGAAUGUUCUGAGCAUGGUUGCAGCUACAAGCCAAGCAAAUAAAAUGAAGCUCCUGCGA